CUCAGUUUUGUACCACUUGAGGAACGAAUUAGUACUAUUUUAGUAUGAGUUGUGGCAACCCACAAUCUGAUGUUAAAGAUCCAGGCGCUGAAACUCCUGAACGUCGUACGAAGCCUAAGAACAAGAUUUGUUUGAAGUGCAAGACUGAAGCACCCGUCAUACAAGUCAGGCAUGCCUUAUAUUGCAGAAACUGCUUCAUUUUCACUACUUCCGGUAAAUUCCUCAAGUGGUUCUUAGCGACGUUCAAGACUACUGAUAUUUACCCUGCAUUCUACAUUGGUGUCUCCGGUGGCCCAUCCAGCCGUUACCUUCUCCAUGUACUGCAAACCCAAUUAACGCCCAGGAAGGGUAAAGGAAAUUUUAUUAGACCUGGUGCAGCUGAGAAGUUGGUUGUUAUCUACGUCAACCACGCUAAUGUCGUCCCGGGUGCUCAAAAUUUGCGCAAAGACAUUGAAAACAUGAUUAAAGGCUAUCCGAAUGCUGAAAUUAUUGAAGUGGAUGUAGACAGUGCAUGGAAAGACAGCCAGUCAUCUAUCUCUGCCCAGCUAUCCGGUUUACCUGGUCAGCCACCAAGCGGUACGACUUCAUCCUCAACCGCUGAUUUGUUCGACAGCACACUCGCGACAUCAUCUCUAGAAUCCCAUCUGUCGUUACUCACACACCACUUAAUCCUCAGGGAAGCUAGAAAACACGCAGACGGUUUAGUUGGUAAAGAUAAAGAACUUCCUCUCUUCUUAGCAACAAGUGCGACACGCGUAACUAUUAAAUUGCUAUCCUCGAUGAGUAGAGGUCGCGGUUGGUCAUUGGGUUCUGGUGAGGUUCAGCCAGAGUCUUCACAAUUUGGAAUGAGGAUCUAUCAACCUCUGCUUAACACCUCAUCAAAGGAAAUUGCAUACUUCAACAAAUACGUCGUUCCAGACGACUCAAAACCGGUAGUCAACAGGACGUUCUCAACUUUUGCACCACCUAAAUCAUCAAUCGACAGAUUGACCGAGGAGCUCGUCGUAUCACUAGAAAGAGGCUUCCCAUCGACUGUAUCGACUGUUGCUAAAACUGGUAACAAAAUUUCUUUUGCAGGUGAAGCAAAAGAAGGCGAAAGGUUGUGUACAUUAUGUGGUUGGCCUGCACGCGCAAAAGCUAAUGACUGGAAGAAUGGUAUCGCAAUAACGAAACUUGAUGAUAAAGUAGAAUCUACCGAGUCAGAUCAGCCUUCACUUGCUGACAUUUUAUGUUAUGGAUGUUAUACCAAUCUCACAGAUUCACGUGCUCGCUCAGAAGUCAACUACGCUCUGCCGGGAUGGACAAACGAAUACGCCGAGUCUCAGAAGCUAACAGAAGAAUCUAUGCGUGAAGAAAUAAAGGAUUGUCUAUUAGAUGAUGAUGAGUAAUUGUAAAAAUAUGCAUUGGUUUAUUUAUUCUCG